UCGUUGUCUUCGCGUGAUGUUGACAUUCAUAGUGUUUGUUUUUCUCAUGGUGAUACCCAAAGCCCAGUUUCAGAUACCAAUGUCGUACGAGGCAAACUUUGUGUCCGUCGAAGGAGCACCAAACUCACUACCAUUUGACAUGACCCAGCUUCGACUGAUUGGCCGAGAGCGUAUAUUGAAUGGAACGUUUAAAAUACUUGAGGAUUUUGACGAUGAACACUACAAAUUUGCUGUGGAUAUCUAUACCAAUUCCGCCCGUGACGGCAAUUUCAAGCUGAUGCCGUUAGCGAUGCCAAGUCAAGGUGUUUGCACAAUGUUUAAGAAACAUGGGGACUACAUAAGGGACAGUAUUAGGCACGGAAAAAAUACCGACUUAUAUAUAAACACAACUGCCUGCGUCUUUCCAAAGGGAACGUACUAUUUGAAAAACGUUACCAUUAAUGUGAAACGUUGGCCAACAAUAAUGCCACGCGGUCAUUGCCGACACGUUGGAAAAUUCUAUAAAGAUGGAGUUCAUGUUGGUACUUAUAAUGUUACCUCCUCGAUUGAAGAUCGCGUUCCUACCUUCUUCGGUUCUUAAAUUUUCCUAUAAAGGAAUGGGAUACAUGUUGUGUUUUGCAAUUGUUGUUGAAUCAAUCUUGUUUAUAAAGAUUUUAUGGAGUAAAUGUAUUUAAACUGUGAGGACCGACUACAUCUAGGAGAACUAUGUUAUAUAUUAAUAAACCAUCUACGCUGAU